AACAAUAAUGAUUAUUAGAUUACGACAACAGACUUCAUUAAAACAAAACCAAAAUUAUCUCCAUUAAACCAGACAAACUAUAGAAAACGAAAACAGCCAGACAACAAGAAUGAUUAUAACGAUAACUCAAAAAAAGAGAGAGAAAAAAAACGAGAGAGAUCCAAGUACAACAAGAUUUUUGGCCGAAGCGCGACACCGAAGAUUAACACAGGGGAGAGAGAGAGCUUUCACGUCUCUCGACUAAUUGUAUGUCAAUUAAUUAUCUAUCUCGUUUGAUUGGCGUUGGAUUAAAAUUCCAAGGAGACUGGUGAGCUCUGCAGAUUGAAUUGGGCAGGAGAGACUGCUUGUGCCUGAAUUUGUGAGGUGAUCAUGACAACAACAGCCUUCUCGCAUGAGCCAGGCACUGCCAUGGAAUGCCUGAGCAUACCUAUCACCUUAGAGAAGGAGGCUGGCCUUGAUGAGCAUGGAAGACAGGUCCUAAAAUGCGGAUUCAAGAUUGGAGGUGGAAUAGAUCAGGACUUCAUGAAGAGUCCACAGGGCUACACAGACAAUGGCAUUUACUGUACAGAGGUCCACGAUGGCAGUGCCGCAGCACGAGCCGGGCUCCGUGUCCACGACAAGAUCCUCCAGUGCAACGGCUAUGACUUCACAAUGGUGACACACAAGAAAGCUGUGGACUACAUCAAGAAGCACCCUGUCCUAAAUCUCCUUGUGGCCCGCAAAGGAGUUACACACUCAUAAACGUUUUCCCCUUAACAGUGUCACACUUUCUGUCAUUCCGUACACAUUAUUGUUAUUCCAUUGUUAAUUCAUCGGGAGAUCACUUGACAUCUUGUGCAUUGUUCUGUUGUUCUUCUCUUUCAUUUGCUUUCAUUGGAUGUGUUACAUGUGCAAUGAUUUUUUUUUUCUCUCUCUCUUUCUCUCUCUUCUCUCUUCUUUUUUUUUUGGUGUUUUUGUUAUGCAUUCCUCUUCAAUAUUUCUGGUAGUUGUUGAAUGCACUGACUAUAAUGAUUUAAUACAUCAAGGUCACAGGUAAAUCCAUUGAUUUGGUUUGACUUAUAUGAUCAAGAAAUAUGUAGAAGACUAAAGAAAGUUACCAACCAAUGGUAAGGUUGCAAAGAAUGCAUUUACAUGUGUAAGGAAUUUUGAUGUUGCCAUGUUAAACUGUUAAGCAAAUAAUUCUAAGUUGUUUUAAGAGGAAUAGCCUUGUCAUAUUUUAUCUGACAGAAAAAGAUUAGGAACAGUACUUGAUUACAAUAAAUAUUUAUAUGAUAACAAAUAAGGAGAAUUUGUUAUAUGCCAAGGGAACUCUGAAGAUAAUGAAAUGCUGUUUAUAUAGGUUGUAUAAAAGAUGGCCAUUUUAACUAGUGCUUACAUUUUUAAUGCUUUUAACUGUUUGAUUUAAUUGUACACUGACAACCACAGACAAUGGACAGCUACUUAGUAAACAUAACUCGUAUAUUUUGCUUUAUGUGCAUUAGUCAGUGUGUCUCUUGGUAUUAGAAUUUUUAUUAAGAAUAUCUGUGUUAUUUUUUCAAUCCUUUUAUUAUUAUUAUUAAUUAUUAUUAAUUAUUAUUAUCAUUAUUAUUAUGAUGAUGAUGAGUUACUCAGAAUGUCAGUAAUAUGGUUGAUAAUUAGAUGUAAUUAACUAACACAAACAAUAUCCUUUUUAGAAUUUGAAAUCAAAAGUGUUUGGUUCUGCUUUUGGUAAUGCGGAAUGAGACUAAAGCACUCAAGUGUUAGUGUUGCUUUGGCUUUUUUUGUACUCAAAUACGCUUGCAGUGACAUCACCACGUUUUGUAACCACAUGAUGACACUAUGAGAAAUGGAAAACCCAGUGCUUUUGCUUUUUCUGAGUUGCUUUUCUCAAUCACCUCCACAGUUCCUUCAUCAUAACAGGGUGUUAAUUGUUACUGGCUUUUUUCAAUUUUCCCCACAAAUAUACCCGUACAUCUUACAACCUCAACAAACGAAUGUUCCACGACAUGAUCAUUCCACAGCAUGAAUUUAGGUGUUGUGCUUCCAGGUUAUGCUAGACAGUGAUUGUAGCUCAGAAUGUGUAAGAGAGUCCACCAUGAGUGUAAAGCCUUAUUAAAUUGCCACAGAUUCAUAUAUAUUUAUGCAGCUAAUAACUGUCUGUAAACCAUUUACUUUAGUGCUGUUAUUAUGAGUAUGAUGAUUUUCCAAAUGUAUUGGUAAUCACUGAAUCUUCUCCAAAAUGUUUGCUCAAUAUCUAACAUACUGAGAAAAGAAAAAAAAUCAAUAAAUGAAAGAGAUUUAGGUUCACAAAAUCAAAUUAUGUUUUUCCUUUUAUAUAGAAUAAGCAUCAAAGCCAAAGUUACUGUGUUAUUGCACAAAAUACGUUGAUAAGGCACAAUAGUCUAAGAAAAUGCCAUUGUAGAAGAGAUAAAUAUGAAUGGCUUCCUUCUCAUAAUAUAAGGUUUAUAGAGAAAGUUGUAGAGAUUAGCCAAGAGUAUUUACUUUUCCCCUUCACAUAAGCAUGGAGAUGAUGGCCGAACAAAGAGCAAAUUGUGCCGAUCAAGUUUAUUUUUUCCGAUUCUGAACAUUAUCCAGUCACUUCUCGGACCAGUUCAUAGAUUCGUGUAAGUUCUGUGGAAGGAAAAACUGGAUAAAAGAGGAUACACAUUUCCUACUCCUUUUAAAGUAAAAUGAAGGAAUUAUUGAAACCAGAAUGCUUUGCUAAAAUGUAAAAUGUUUAUAGACUGGUCAGGUUAUUAUUUUUCUUUAUACGUAUAAUGGUAUUUAAUGAGUCACAGUAUGAUGAAUAAAAUAUAUAUUUUCAUAAGAAGUAUUCUUACUACCUUUUUGUUGAUGUGUUGACUUAUUUUAGAUUACAGAGCUGUACAAAUAUGUGUUUGAGGUUUCCUUAACAGAUGCCUUGAAUUUUUUCUCUAUCUUUUACUUUCAUCCCUCAGCAAAAUUUGUUACGUAAUGUGAUAACUGAGGAAAUAUAAUGCAAUUUUGGAAUGAUGCUGUGUAAUCAAAAUGUUAAUUUCCUAAUUCAGCUUCAAGUCUGAAACCUGAAACACAUUUUUGUCCCAACACACCAAAGGGAAAACUGAAUAUUUAUAAUUUAGCCAAACCAAAAUGUUACAUUAUUUUGACCUAAUAGCAUUGUACCUACUUAAGUGUUUUUCCUAGGAUUAUUUAUAACAAAAUUAUUUUCUUGUUAUCAUAUUUUUACCUGCCUUUUUUUUUUUUAGGCAGAUUGGAGAAUUUUACAUAUACACAAUAAAAUUUUGACAGUGUAAUGAUAGGAAAAUUAAAAAUGUACAGGAAGUACCUUGCAAUUAUUGCUAUUUUCCUAUAUUAACCUCCAGCUAGGAAACUAUGAGUCAGAAUAUUUUUCCAGAAAUGUCAAAGUGAGUUUAGAUAUUAUAAGAUGAAAAGAGCUGUUUUUAUUACAUGUAAGUAUGACAACUCACAUAAAGAAUGAUAUUUAGCAUUUACAUGACUGAAUAAUUUAUACUUUAUAUUAUAUGUUUCUUAGUUCAUUAUUAAUGGGACCCAUACACAUGUGAAAGUUUUUAAAAUGUUUGUAAAUCUUGGUGUCAAUAUUUUGCAUUCGUUCACUUGCAAGUAAUAAAGACACUGAAUAUGUUGUUUAUAUUGAUUAACUGAUUAACAAGAAAGGUUCUCAAUGGGAUUUUUUUCAGCUUGUUUCCUGCCAUUGAUGUUAGACAUAAGGUAAUUUCUCAGAAUGUCUGAGAUAGUUUUUGUAUCAUGGUUAAAAUCAAGCAACGUGUGUGUUAUAUAAGAAUUCACUGCUAUAUCAGUCUGUUUUAACAGAUAACGAUUAGUGCUCUAUAAAGUCAUGUAGGAUUUCAAAAGAUUUAGGAUUUUGGUAAAAGUGAAUAAGGAAAAGUAAGUGUCCCAAAUAAUACUCCAAACAGUAUAUGAAGACUGAUAGCAAUAGCAUUAAGAAUAGGUUUAAGAAUAAGACCCAGUUAAAUUCACUUCAUGACAAAAGAUAUCCAUGGCUUCUUUAUAUGUUACACUUAAAAAGAAAUAUUCUUAAUAUACAAUAAACCCAAGUACUGUUAGAUUUGAACAUCUUGGAUGAGUUUGCAUAACCUUUGCCUUACUAUGUGCAAGGCAUGAUUGUUUUACGUUUUGUCUUUUUUAUAGGCAUCUUCCUGUAAUUGUGGACAUAAUGAACUUACUAUUACCUCCAAAAUGUAAUGUUUUUAAAUUGCUCUACAAAAACUACUGAGUUUACUCCCUAUUUUUUAUGGUUAACUAAGAACUGAAAUGGAGACAAGAUAUUAUCCUUUUCUGAUCCAUAAAAUAGAUAUGCCAUUUAGACUGUGCUUUCUUAAACAACGGUAAAAAAAGCUCCUCUCAUGCCAGUCUUCGAUAAGCUUGCAAAUGUUCUAACUUAGGUGGUCCAAUCAUUGCUCAUUGGUACAGUGUUAGUGUUUUCUAAACCUAAAUUAACUAUAAAAUUUGAAAAUGAAGUCGUUGGCUCUGUUCAGGGCAACUUUACUUCUGUGUUUGUGCAGCUUUACCAGUAAAAGAAAUUAUAA